AUAUAUACAGAAAAUCCUCUCAUCUCUCCAAUAAUUCUUCGUCUUUAUCUCCUUCAAAUUUUCGAAGAAGACUUGCUCCAUUUUCGUUUUUCCGUCAAUCUGUUGAGGUUGAUCUGAAAGGCAUAUCUACAUAUAUGGAUAGGAUAGUCGGAGGAAAGUACAAGCUCGGCCGUAAGAUCGGGAGUGGAUCCUUCGGUGAAAUUCAUCUAGCUACGCAUAUCGAUACGUUUGAAAUCGUCGCCGUCAAGAUCGAGAACAAUAAGACAAAACAUCCACAACUUCUAUAUGAAGCCAAGUUAUACAAUAUUCUUCAGGGUGGAAGUGGUAUACCUGGCAUAAAAUGGUCCGGUGUAGAUGGAGACGAUAACAUAUUGGUACUCGAUUUGCUGGGACCAAGUCUCGAAGACCUGUUUGUUUAUUGUGGGAGGAAGUUUCAACUGAAGACAGUCUUAAUGUUGGCUGAUCAAAUGAUAACGAGAAUUGAGUACGUUCAUUCUAAAGGGUUUUUGCAUCGUGAUAUUAAGCCUGAUAAUUUUCUCAUGGGUCUUGGUCGAAAAGCAAAUCAGGUUUAUAUUAUCGAUUUUGGACUUGCUAAACGAUAUCGUGAUGCAACAACCCAUCGACAUAUUCCUUACAGGGAGAACAAAAAUUUAACGGGGACGGCGCGUUAUGCAAGCUGCAAUACUCAUCUUGGAAUUGAGCAAAGCCGACGGGAUGAUUUAGAGUCUCUUGGUUAUGUACUUCUAUAUUUUUUGAGAGGAAGUCUUCCAUGGCAGGGUCUAAAAGCUGCCACAAAAAAGCAGAAGUAUGACAAAAUAUGUGAAAAGAAAUUAUCAACUCCCAUUGAGGUUUUAUGCAAAUCUCAUCCUGUGGAAUUCGCUUCAUAUUUCCAUUAUUGCCACUCAUUGACCUUUGAUCAGCGGCCUGAUUAUGGAUUCUUGAAACGUCUAUUCCGAGAAUUGUUCACUCGUGAAGGGUAUGAAUUUGAUUACAUCUUUGAUUGGACCAUACUGAAGUACCAACAAUCACAAAAGAGUAAAACUCAGCCACAUGGGUUGCCAGUUCAUGGAGAAAGCAGCAGUGGAGCAAUUCGGAAGGAUAUGGAAAAACAUCAAGGAAGCAACAACGCUACUUAUUCAGCUGAAUUGACAGACCGCAUGAGGUCAAACACUGCCGCCAGUCCUGGGGUCCGAAUGCAACUGAAAUCACCAAUGAAUAGAAUGACUCCUGACAAUCCUCCUGAGAGAAAUUCCUUAAGCCAUUCCCAGAUGCCACCAUCUUCAUCUGCUCAGGCUGCUGUCCCAAAAAGAUACUCCACGAAACCUGCUUUGCCAUCGGACUCCACCAACCCUAAUCAUGCAGAUAGUAGUGGUCCUUCUAGCAGCUGGAUUUCCUCCUUGCGCCGCAUUUCUUCCGCCAAGUGAUUUACAACAUAGCUUAUGGUCAAGAUAGUGGUGAUGCAUGAAGCUGAAAGAUGCCGGUGGCAGCCGGGUACCAGCUUGUUUUUCAUAGAAUUGGGUGUUAAAACAAAAAAAGUGUGUAUUGUCAAUUCAGCAGCCAGAUUUCUUGGCAAGCUUUUGUGCGUCGCUGUUCUCAGUGAAGAAGCAAGCAUGCUAUGAAUGUAAAUUGAAUGACUCAGAAGCUAUAUAUAAAAGCCCAAGAGGUCACUUACAAACCACAUUGGCUGAUACAAGAUCACAGCUUCAUUCCUUUCUUUGCAGGUGCAUACAUGUAACCAAGUAAAUCGAAAGCAACUUAGGUUUUGGCUUCUUGUGUAACGUAAAAGUUCAUGACGUUCUUUUCUUUUCUUUUAAAACAACUUUCAUACAUU